UUCCCUGGAGCAGCCUCUCUCCGCCUGCACAGGCUCAGCCCGGCCUCGGGACCGAAGGCAAGACCCACCUCCUCCCUUCCGCGCCCUGGGGCUUGGGCUGGGUCGGGAUUUUUCACUUUCCCGGAGGCAGGACUUUCCUCGCAGUUCAGUCUCGGCGGGGCCGGCGGCGAUGGCCCACGGCGAGGGCGACCCCGGCGUGUUCACGGCCACGGCCCUGCCCGGGGACCCGCGGCUGCUGCCCACGGUGACCAACGCCUUCCUGGGCACCCGCGUGUUCCGGGACAUCCUGCACGCCGCCGGCGUGUACAGCGGGGCCGCGGGGGACACGCACCGCGCCGAUGUCCCCAGCCCCCUGGGGCUGCGCAUGGCAGCGCCCGGCGCCCACUGCCCGGCCCAGAGCUUCACCCUCGACACCUGGACAGGGACCUUCAGCCACACGAUUCAGUGCCCUGGCUACACGACCACCCACCAGCUCUAUGCCCACCACUCCCUGGUCCACCUGAUGGCCUUCAGCAUCACCGUCCGGCGCUUGGACAGCUCCACUCAUCCCGUCACUGUCCAGCUCCAGAGCCUGUUCGUGCCGCAGAGCCAGGACCUGGACCUGACCCCAGGGCCAGACUUCCAGGGAGCGCACUACAUCUACGGGCAGACGCUGGUUCCCGAGGUGGAGGGCGGCCCCCGUCCCACUGUCCACAUGCUAUGGACCCCCAUCCCACAGUCGCUGACGCUGGGCGGGGAGGAGCGGGAGCGGUGCUGGGAGUUCCUGGCGGCCGUGGCCGGGAGCGAGGAGGAGGCGAAGCGGAGCUACAGCGCGGGGCUGGCCCUGGUGGCCGCGGGGUCCCUGCACCGCUCCCACAUCCGCGCCUGGGCCGCGCUGCGCCGGGGCUGCUCCGUGGAGCUGGACGGGCCCCCGGCCCUGCGCCAGGCGCUCCACGGCUGCCUCUACUACCUGCUGAGCGCCGUCCCGCCCCAGGACAGCCCCGGAGUCCCGUUCCACGGCAUCAGCCCCGGCGGCUUGUCCAACGGCACCCGCGGCGAGGACUACUGGGGACACGUCUUCUGGGACCAGGACACCUGGGUGUUCCCGAACAUCCUGCUGCUGUAUCCCGCGGCUGCCCGCGCCGUCCUGCAGUACCGGCUGCGCACGCUGGAGGGCGCCAGGCGCAACGCGCAGGAACAGGGCUACGAGGGUGCAAAGUUCCCGUGGGAGAGCGCGGCCACUGGCCGGGAGGUGUGUCCUGAGGAGAUCUACGGAGCCCAGGAAAUCCACGUCAGCGGGGAUGUCCUGAUGGCCUUCGAGCAGUAUUACUGCACCACGCAGGACCAGCAGCUGUUCCGGGAGGACGGGGGCUGGGAGCUGGUGGAAGCCGUGGCUCAGUACUGGUGCAGCAGGAUGGAGUGGAGUGAGGAGGAGCAGCUCUACCACAUCAGAGGUGUCAUGCCCCCAGACGAGUACCACAGCCAGGUCGAUAACUCUGCCUUCACCAACGCCGUGGCCCGGCGCAGCUUAAAUUUUGCCGCUGCCCUGGCUCAGGACCUGCUGCUCCCGGUGCCGGAGGAGUGGGAGGACCGUGCCAGGAAAAUCAAAGUGCCCUUUGACGAGGAGAGGAAAUACCACCCUGAGUACGAUGGCUACAGCCCAGCCCUGUCCCCAGGUGAGCCAGUGAAACAGGCCGACGUGGUCCUGCUGGGCUUCCCACUGAUGCAUCCCAUGAGCGCCGAGGUCCGGAGGAACGACCUGGAGAUGUACGAGCCCGUCACCGACCCGGCCGGGCCGGCCAUGACCUGGAGCAUGUUUGCCGUGGGCUGGCUGGAGCUGAAGGAGCUGCAGAGAGCCCGGAGCCAGCUGCAGAAGUGCUUCAGCAACAUCACAGAGCCCUUCAAGGUCGUCCUCUUCGGCUUCACGGGGUUCAGGAUCACGAGGUCCGGCCUCCUCUUUGAUCCCGCCUUUCCCGACGAUAUCACCAAGCUGAACAUCUCCGGCGUCUCCUACUUGGGCAACAAACUGGGGGUGACCAUCACCAGGGAGGAGACCAGGAUGGAAGUGACUGAGACCUGCCGGGACCCUCCGGCGUCUGCCCUGGAAGCUGUGCUGGAGUCGGGACAGCGCUUUCCCCUGAGGGAAGGGCAGAGCAUCUCCUUCCCCACAGCGCCCGGAUGGAUCCAGAGGUCCCCCGGCAGGACCCCCUAAACCUUGGCUGAUCCGGGCAUUGCCCCUUGGAGCAGCAGACCUGGGAUGCUGGGGGUGGGGAAAGGUAACAGUGGGUGGAGAGGGGGUGCCAGGCUGUGCCAGGAGGCCUUUGCCCCCCAGGACUGUGUGUGCCACCUGUCGCUGUGGCCCCGGGGGUCGGUGGCCGGAGCUGUCACCAUGGCCAGAGCGGUCACCGCGUCAGAGCCUCCCACUGCCCUCCACACAUCUCUUACUCGGCACAGGAGAGGAAACCCAGCCUGAAAACGACCAUUUCAGACGUGUUUUCUAAACACCCAGGAGCUGUCUGUGCUCUCAGGUGUUUGUGUUUGUAAGGAAGCCCCUUCCUGACUCCAGGAUCCUGACUCCAGCCCCUCCAGCAUGUCCUGCCCCACUCCUCACCUUCCCGCCGCUUUGCUCCGUGGGCUCAAAGGCUGUGGAGGCUCAGCCAGCGCUGUUCCACCAGAUGAGUGAUGUUUUGGCACUGAGUAUUACCCCAAGAUGUGCAGCCGAAAGCCUUUUAGCCCCGUGUUGGCAGCACACAGCUCCUUCCCCGUUGUUUGUUGUGCAACAUCCCUUACGUGUUCUUAAACCCUUAUCUGCAUUA